UGAAGGUGAACGACAAAAAUAACGACAGAGAAAGAGGGAGGGAGAGAGAGAGCGCGCGCGACUAAGUGGGGAGAGGAAAACAAGGGACAUCAACAUCUAUACUACUCUCAUGUUGUUGGAUAUUAUUUGACGAAGCCUUUUUCCCCCUUAUCACCCCCCACCCUUUACCCCCCCCUCCACCCCCAAACAUACACUUCUUUUCAACUUUCUCUAUUAUUGGAUUUCUUUGAGUUUUGAGACUUUACGUAGGACUACACAUUCAAUGCUCUCCGUUAUAUUAUAGGCAUUUCUCCAAAAUCCAUGUCAAUUAUUUUUCGUGGAAUAUUUUUGUCCAGGUCAAGAAGAAAAUCAACUCGGUGCGAUGCCUAUUAUCCUCAAAUAAACGGACAUCAUCAAGCAAGGCAGGUUUCGCGAAAUCUGAGCGCUGAUGUCCAACUUUGUUUAUCUCAUAGAUAGAGUCUGGAAUAAGAGAUUUAUUAAAGGGCCCCUUGCAUCUGGCAAGAUUAUAGAAUCGAACAGUUAUUUGACCAUGGACAUUUCUUUGAGGACAUCAUUUUCACUUUUGAUUUCUCCAUGGACAUUUGGAAGAGCAAUAGUUUAUUGUUGAUGUCAAGUUAUAUUUGAUAUGUCGAAUUUCACUAUUAUUCUCUAGCACUUUCUUAAUUCAUAUUUAGAAAAACUAUCAUUCGGUGUUCGAAUGAGGUAAAUAACAGUUGGUGUAGCAGUGUGUAUUCAACUGUCCACCUUUUUAAUCGUCACGUCACUGUGUUGUGAACCCGCUGACAGCCAGUCAAUCGUUUGUGGAUUAAUCGGAUAAAUUCCGCGUUCAUUCCACGGUGGGAAUCAACGGCGUACCAAUGUCUAGGCCGCUCACACAACUCCUACCGCCUGACCUCCCGGCCGGAGCGAGCCCACAGUUCAGUACGGGUAACCUUGCGGGUAGUGUCCCGACCGGCGGACACUUGAACUCCAUGGCCAGCCUCAAGACUCUCCUACAGCUGCCCAUCAAGGCUGACCAGCGAGCGAAAGACUGCUGUGCAAUGAAAGACAAAGACAAGCCCCAGGACUCGGACGAGGACACCAUGGGUGGGGGCCCAGGUGGUCGGCCUUCCCAGUCGGCUUUCCUGGGGCCCCAUCUGUGGGAGCGCACGCUACCCUGUAGCGACGGUGGCCUCUUCCAGCUGCAGUACAUGGACCUGGAGGAGUUCCUGACUGAGAACGGCAUGGCCAUGCACAGCAAAGGUGGCAACGGCGCCAGCGCCAGCGCCCAGGUGCCCUCGCAGAGCUCCCUGCAGUCGGCCGUGCCCAACCAGAGCUCUCAGUGCCCGCCGUCAUCCCCUCCGCUAUGUUCUUCUUCAUCAUCCUCCAUGUCCUCCUCAUCUUCCUCCUCCUCGCUGCUGGGCCUGGACAACGGGCCGCCACCACCAAACGGACUGCCAGGCAUGAUGGGAGGGCCCGAGUGCCUACGUGGUGGCCAGGUCAUGCCUCCAGACCUCUCGCCCUCCUCCACCACCACCUCCUCCUGCCACCCCGGGCCGCCAGGAGGCUCACUGGUCGCCAACGGCACCGCUGACGUCAUGGUGAACUUUGACCCGGACCCAGCGGACGUGGCGCUGUCCAGCGUGCCGGGCCAGGAGGCCUUCGACCCCCGGAGGCACCGCUUCUCGGACGAGGAGCUCAAGCCACAGCCCAUGAUCAAGAAAGCCCGCAAGAUGCUGGUCCCAGAUGAGCAGAAGGACGACAAGUACUGGAGCCGGCGCUACAAGAACAACGAGGCGGCCAAGCGCUCACGUGACGCCCGGCGCCUCAAGGAGAACCAGAUCACGGUGCGCGCCGCCUUCCUGGAGCGAGAGAACGCUGCUCUCAGACAGGAAGUGGCCGACAUGCACAAGGAGCUGGGCCGCUGCCGCAACAUCCUCAACAAGUUCGAGAGCCGACACGGAGACUUGUGAGGAAGAAGAAGAAGAUGAGGGGAAGGGUGGGAGACGGUUAGAAGGCAGCCCCAAGAUUGGCAGCACUUUAGUUGAGGGGGUGCGCGUACGGCCUACGUAGACGUGACGUAAGCAUUGUAUGGCACCUGGCGUAAGCAUCCGUGUUGUGAGUAGCCCGCAGUGUUGUAGUGAGUGCAGCCUUCAUUUUGUGUAUCUGUGCUAUGCUGGUUUCACUUCCCGUGUCUCUUUGACAGGUUGCGUCAUGACGUCAUUCAGUGUUUAUAUCAGGUGCGUUGCAGUGUUUUUUCGGGUAAUACGCAGGCCAUACGCGCACCCAUUCAGAUGGGCGUGUUCAAGUCAUACAGAUCACAGACGACUAAUGUUUUUAAGCUAAAGGCAAGGAGACAAGCCAGGGGAGGACAGAUGUGUAAUUUUUUCUAUGACUAAACAUGUAUAUUUUUUAACUGUACUGAGCAAGGAGGGAGGCAUGGGCAAACUAGAAAACAGAGGAUGAGCUAUAUCUAGAGGAGGAGGAUUAGGAGAGGUAGGCAGAAGAGAGGAAAGCAAAGAGAUUUCAACAUAGGAAAACUGUAUAUUUUUAUAUUUGCAAAAACAGUUCAGAGGAGAUUUUGGAAAUACUCUUUUGUAUAUUUUAUAUAUGGGUGAGUUUAGUAGAGAGAUCGGGCCUAUAUGAAGAUGUUUUAACAACAGGGUAGAUUGAUAAAUUAUAUAUUUUGAACUUUGAACAACCAUCCCGGUUUAGGGACAUCGAUCCCGAAGAGGAUAGAAGGGUCAGUGGUCGUAAUAGAGAAUGUAUAAUGGUUGUUUCCAGGGAAAACAUGGCGGCGAGUGAGGAGAUGUAUCUUAGUAAAUGAUUGUGGACAUGAACAGAUAGAAGGUUAAAUAAACAUUGUAUAGUUUAAAUAGUGUUCUUGUGGGUUUGUUCAAGCACUUAAAGGACAUUUUAAUUUUUUUUCACUCCAGCACCACCUCAACAUCAACAUAUGUGAAAAUGGCACGUUUCUAUGUUUUAUAGUAAAAUAAAUAGAGGAAGGUAAGUGUUUCCAAUUAGAUCCUAAACCAGUUAGUAGGAAAUUAGUAGGCAAUGCCUACUCAUAAUUGCUUAAAAAUCACAUGAUGCACACCGAAGAUGUCAUUGGGGGAAACACAAUUUUCACAUAUGUUGAUGUUGGGGCGGUGCUGGAGAUGAUGAAUGUGAAAAGUGGUGGAGUUGCCCUUUCAUUUAUUAUCUUCUUUUUGAUUCCUUUCUUGCAUUAAAUCUUUUUAAUUGUGUGUCUGGCAGUGAGGGGGAGAGAGAGAGAAUUUAUUGAAAUGCUGCAGUCAGUGAUCUAUCACGAGAACAGCUGCAUACGCACUGAUGUUUGUGAAUAAAUAUCGGUCAAAUGUGUUGCCAGGUAUUCAUGUAGAUGGGUGAAUAUGUUUGGCUCAGGCGCAAACACAGACAGACACACACCGCAAACAAACAUGACUAGCCAAACAGUCCAAUAACCUGGACCAGUGACUACGUAUGCAUUUUCACAUUACACACACACACAUGCACGCCUGCAUGUACGUGCACACACACACGCACACUCUUAUUUCAAAUCAAAUGUAUUUAAAAAGCCCUUCUUACAUCAGCUGAUAUCUCAAAGUGCUGUACAGAAACCCAGCCUAAAAUCCCAAAAAGCAAGCAAUGCAGGUGUAGAAGCACGGUGGCUAGGAAAAACUCCCUAGAAAGGCCAGAACCUAGGAAGAAACCUAGAGAGAAACCAAGCUAUGAGGCGUGGCCAGUCCUCUAUUUGGCCCUGAAAGCAAGCUGGACCUUGAAACACAGGCCUGGUGUACGAUAGCACACAACCAGUCAAGGCAAAUAACACUUCCUCACUUUCUACAGCACAUGCUGGGAAUUUGUCUCUCUCUCCCUCAUCCUUGAUCCAUUUUGAAGUGUGAAACUGGUUUAGAAUUGACCGCCCAGGUUAAGUUGGCAGUGUUCAGAGUGAACCGGAGCACGCUGCCACUUAACACACCCCGAGUUUGAUUAUAAUGAUGAUUAUUAUUGUGGACUAUGUAUGGUGCUCAACCUGUUCCUCCAUCUGAACCUAGACAACCCGACACAGUAACUGAACUGCCUAUAGCCUUUAAUUUCUUUGUGAUUUGUUCUUUAUUUUUGCGUGUCGUACUGUAAGAGUACGUCUGGUAUAGAGUGACGCACACAAGAGUAUGUCUAUACCUCUCCUCAACAAGAUAACCCAGUGAAACAAUGCACCCUUAUGCACCGUACACAUGUACAAUUAAAUACUCCAGCUAUUCUCUCACUAGAUAUGUGUGUAUAUAAUAUCCUUGAACAUAUAAAAUAUCCGUGACUCUAGAUGUAAUAAUAUACAUAGCUUGAAUAUAUAAAUGCACUAUAAGAUGAUUGGAAUCAUUAUCAUUUUCUCAGGCGUUCUGGGGGACAAAACAAAACAAACUCUUACGAUAAAUCUUAACUUUGAUUACAGAAGUUGUGAUUCUUAGUUUUAUUUUUUUAUCCGGGUUUGUCCGGAUACAUUUUGGAGCUGGCCCAUUUUGGCAGUACAAUUAGGUAGAGUUCGAUGGAAUUCCAACUCACCUUGGGAGGGAUGUUCUAAUUCAACCAGUUCUGGAUUUGAAGGUCUUUGUUGAUUUCAGACAUAGCAUUCAAUGUUAUGUUUUAUUAUUAUUAUUAUCACAGUUAUGAUUGCUAGUAUUAUCGUUGUUGUUGUUGUUAUUAUUACCCUUCUAUUUAUUGUCCUUGCUACAACUUUUAAGGGAGAAUGCAGUGCUCAUUUGAUCUCCCUUGUAUUUUUCAAGACCAUCUUUACUCUACAUUAUUUUCUAUGAGCCUGUUCACUAUCGGCACCAUCCAAUGAGACUGUACAAAGCUCCAGGUGCACUGUGGGGACUGUAGUCUUGGACUGUAGUCUUGUCCGUGUGUUUUGUAAUUGAACAUAAGCUGAAACAACCACAAACUAUGGACUUGAAACCCUGGAAGAAUUUGAACUACAUCUCCCAGCAGCAGGCUUCUAACACCGUCCAUCUUUUGAUGGAGAAAGAAGCAACUUUUUGAUACCUGGAACUUGUUUGCAGAAACUUAUAAACUUUUGACAGUGCUAUUUUUCUAUGUGUCUGUAUAUGCAUACUGCAACUUUUUGUGGGCAUUUGUAGCCCAUCCUUACAGUGAUGGUAUGCUACUAAACGGCAUUGCGGGUAAUGUGCACAGCCUAUUUUCCCUUCCCCUUGUGGAUUACAAACUACUCCCUGUUGUGACUGUUAUAAAUAAACUACAAGUCCCAUGAGCACACCACUACCCAAUUGCACCAGUAAUCUCUACUGAUCCUGCCUAUAGGGAUGCUGAGGAAUGUGAUCUGUUUUUUCCCGAAAACACCAAUAAAGACUCGUCCUUACUCACUGAGAAA